AUGUUUAUUGCUCAAAUAAACUAUCCAAAACAUUUCAGAAGUCAUGAAUUCAUCAUAUGCAUUACAAGUAAAUGCAACUUGGAUGCUAUAGAUAAUUAUUCAAUAUUAUCAAACGUUAUUUAUCUUGAUUUAUGAGAAAAAAAGUUAAUUAAACCUCAUUAUAAAGACAACGCCAAUUUUUGACCGUUUUAUCAGUUUAGAAUUCGAAAUAAUAAACUUAAACAUAAACUUCGCUAA